AUGGGGACUCCACAGGUAUCAAUAAAAUAUGAAGAAGUACCCCUUGGACCAGAGUCAGCUACAGAAGGUGAUAUCUAUGUGGAAGAGCCUGAAGAAGUAGAGCAACCAACUGAAAUGGUGUUUGAAUGGGGCCCAUUUGAUGUUACGUCCCACGGUAAAGACUUUGCCACCGUGUUCCUGCAGAACCACAAACCCGACGAGAAGUCAAAACUUGAGCUUUUCCUCACCGCCACCCAUGGCUCUACCUCAGUAUCUGUCAAGAUCAGCAACUCUGAUUUCAGGAAAGAACUGAGGUUGAAAAAAGGAGAAACAAUGACCGUGCCUAUUUCAGAAAAAAUGGAGAUGCAGGGUUCCAGAGCGUUCCAAAGUGCCGUAAUCAUUAAGGCAGAUAAAGACAUUACGGUGGUCUCCCGAAACUCGAAGUAUGCCAGUAUUGAUACCGCUCUCAUUUACCCAAACCGCCGUCUAGGAACUGAAUAUUAUCUCAUUACCCCUUCAUGGGGUCCUCCUGAAUCUUUGAAAGAGUUUGCUCUGGUGUCUUUAGAAACACCCACAACCAUUAACAUUGACCUAAAUGGAGCUAUACGUUUCCAAGACAGAGAUUAUCCAAAAGGCAGCAGACUAACCCUAAACCUCAAUCCUUUCCAAGCGGUGCAGAUACAGAGUACCGAUGACCUCUCAGGUACCAGAGUAACUUCUCAGACUCCCAUAGCCGUCCUAUGUGGACACACGUGCUCGGCGAAAAAUGCAGAAUGUGACCAUAUCUAUGAACAAUUGCUACCGGUUAACAGCUGGGGAAGGACCUUUUUCAUCCCAGGCGUUUCAUUCCAGUCUAAAACCGAUAUUGUAUUUGUUGGAGCUUACCAGGAUACGGUGAUUGAUUACCAGUCGGGACCAAUCCGUGAGAAGAAAAACGUCGGUGCCGGAGAAGUGAUUCAAUUCGAAACAUCACAAACGUCUCCCCUAUCUCUUAGUGCCAAUAAUAACAUUCAGGUCUUCUAUUUUGGAACCGGAGGGGUAACAGAAAAGUCCAAUUUCGGCACGUUCUUCACCGGCGUUCCUUCCACGGAAUCAUUUGGUCUGGAAUAUGAAGUUGUCGCCCAAGAUAAAUUUAAAGUUAACCUGGCCGUAAUUAUUUGCAAAACAUCUUCUCAAGAACAACUGACGUCGGAUGAAAACGCUUUGGACAGCGUGAACUGGAAAACGUUCCCCGGGUCGGAGUACUCCUGGGGAGAACUGAACUAUGGCAGAGGCUUUAGUUCCCAUAUGAUUAAACAUCCUACAAUCCCAUUUGGUGUCUUAAGCGUUGGACACUCUCCAAGCACUGCCUAUGGAUCACUGGCACCUUGCAUACGUGGUCCUGCUGCUGUUGCUCCAGGAGAGUGGAUCCUACAGAGGCGCCCAGGUCAACCAACAAGAUUCAGAGGGAAACCUAUAUCUGAAAUACCUGGAAGACAAGGACUGUGGAUCAUAGAAGUGACACUUCCAACAGGACCAAGGAAAUACAUAGGGAGACCCGUGGCUUCAAUACCAGGGACAACUGAAUGGAUCAUAGAAACCGAAGGGCCAACGGAACCAGUGCCAUUUGAAGAAGAACCUGCACCUGUUGGAGGCUGGAUCAUUGAAGCAUUCCGUCCAGGUCAACGACCCAAAUUCAAAGGAAGACCCAAAGCUCCAAUCUUUGGAAGAAAAGGAAUAUGGGUCAUAGAAGUGGACCUACCAACCGGAAAAAGGCUAUUUGAAGGAAGACCCCUUUCUCCACUUCCUGGAACUGAAGGAGAAUGGAUCAUAGAAACAGAAGAGCCAACUAAUCCAGUGGAAUAUAAAGAGACCCCCGGUGCCCCAGCUACUACAGACUGGAUUAUUACAUUGGGACGUCCUGGUGAACCAACAAAGUUUAAAGGGAAACCUGUAGCACCAAUUCCUGGAACUAAAGGAUUAUGGUUAAUUAGAGUGGUUAUGCCAUAUGGAGUGAUGGAAUACGAAGGAAAACCUGUAGCCCCACUUCCAGAUUCCGAUGACUGGAUCAUAGAGACAGAAGAGUCAACAGCACCGGUGCCAUAUGAAAAAAAACCUGGAGUUGAGGUUUCUACAGACUGGAUCAUAGCAAUGGGACGUCCGGGUCAACCAACAAAGUAUAAAGGAAGACCCAUAGCUCCGAUUCCAGGAAAGAAAGGAUACUGGAUCAUAAAAGUGGUAUAUCCAACAGGAACCAUUGAAUAUGAAGGCAAACCUGUAGCUCCGCUCCCUGGAACAGACGACUGGAUCGUAGAGACCGCAGAACCCACCGCGCCGAUCCCGUAUGAAGAGAAGCCCGGCGAGCCAGUUUCCGCAGAUUGGAUCAUAGAAUUGGGACAUCAAGGUCAACCAACCAAGUUUAAAGGAAAACCUGUUGCUCCUGUUCCUAAUAAGAAAGGAAUAUGGAUCAUAAGAGUGUCGGGAAACGACCUGUAUGAGGGAAGACCGACAGCCGCAUUACCAGGUCCAGAAGGAGACUGGAUGAUAGAAACAGAGGGAUCAACUGCACCGGUGCCAUAUGAAGAGAAACCUGGAGUUACAGUGCCUACAGAUUGGAUAAUAGAAAUAGGACGUCCAGGCAAGCCGACCGUAUUUAAAGCAAGACCUCUUGUUCCACUUCCUGGAAGAAAAGGAGUUUGGAUUGUAGAAGUGAGAUUGCCGACAGGAACGUUGCAGUUUGAAGGGAAACCUAAAGCUCCAAUACCAGGGACAGAUGACUGGACGGUAGAAACAGAACAGCCAACCAUGCCCGUGCCCUAUGAACAGAAACCUGGAGAGACACUUCCUAAAGGAGACUGGAUCAUAGAACAAGGACGUCCAGACCGUCCAACCAAGUUUAAAGGAAUACCUGUUGGUCCAAUUCCUGGAACAAAAGGAUCAUGGCUUAUAAAAGUGCUAUUGGAAACCGGACCAGAGUAUUAUCGAGGAAAACCUGUAGCUCCAAUGCCAGGAACAGAUGGUGUUUGGAUAAUAGAAACAGAGGAGCCAUCUGACCCAGUACCAUUUGAAGAGACUCCAGGAGUGGAAAUUCCUAAAGACUGGAUCAUUCAAAUAGGAGCCCCGGGUCAACCAACUAAAUUUAAAGGGAAACCUGAAGCCCCAAUUCCUGACAAGAAAGGAAAGUGGAUCAUAAGAGUAAAUCUGCCAGGAAUAGGAACUGUUCAAUACGAAGGAAUACCAAAAUACCCACUCCCUGAUACAGAUGACUGGGUCAUAGAAACAGAGGAGCCAACUGUACCAGUUCCAUAUGAAGAAAAACCAGAAGCUCCGGCUUUUAAAGAUUGGAUCAUUCAAAUUGCCCGCCCAGGUCAACCAACCAAGUUUAAAGGAAAACCUGAUGCUCCGGUUCCUGGGAAGAAAGGAGUGUGGGUCAUAAAUGUGCGAUUCCCAACAGAAACCAAACAGUAUGAAGGAAUACCCCGGGCUCCAUUAGAAGGUACAGAAGGAGAGUGGAUUGUAGAAACAGAGGAGCCCACAGUGCCGAUACCAUAUGAAGAAAAACCUGAUGCUCCUUUGUCUAGAGACUGGAUUUUAGAAAUUGGAGGUCCAGGGAAGCCAACAAAAUACAAAGGGAAACCAAUUGCUCCAAUAUCUGAUAAAAAAGGAGUAUGGAUCAUUGAAGUGAAACAGCCGGCGGGGCCAGUACGAUAUGAAGGAAUUCCAACUUCCCCAUUAACAGACGGAGACUGGGUUGUAGAAACAGAGGAUUCAACAAUGCCGGUGCUUUAUGAAGAGAAACCGGGAGCUCCAGUGUUUACAGAUUGGAUCAUAGAAAUAGGACACCCAGGCCAGCCAUCACGAUUCAAAGGGAAACCCAUUGCCCCAGUUCCGGGGAAGAAAGGUUAUUGGGUUAUAGAAGUGAGAAUGCCAACAGGAACAGUACGAUACCAAGGGAAACCUGUAUCUCAGUUACCCGGCACCGAAGGAGAAUGGGUUGUAGAGACAGAGGAGCCAACUGUUCCGGUACCGUAUACAGAAAAACCUGACGUUCCAUUAUAUACAGAUUUCAUCAUAGAAAUAGGAGGUCCGGGCAAACCAACUAAAUUCAGAGGGAGACCUGUUGUGCCACUUCCUGGAAGAAAAGGAAUAUGGGUCAUAGAAGUCAGAUUCCCAACAGGAAUUGAGCUAUAUGAAGGGAAACCUAUAUCUCCAAUCCCCGGGACGGAUGGAGACUGGGUAGUAGAAACAGAACAUUCAACUAUGCCGGUGCCAUUUGAAGAGGGACCAGAAAAAGCGAUCCCUAAAGCCAAUUGGAUCGUGGAAAUAGGAAGCCCUGGGAAACCCACAAAGUUUGUAGGAAAACCCGUGGCUCCAGUUCCUGGAACAAAAGGAUUUUGGAUCAUUAGAGUAACACUACCAACGGGAGUAGAGGAAUAUAUAGGACGACCUGUAGCAACACUGCCAGGGACAGAUGGAGACUGGAUCAUAGAGACAGAAGAGCCAACAAUCCCUAUACCCUAUGAAGAGAAGCCCGGAGCUGAAGUUCCUAGAGAUUGGAUCAUUCAGAUUGGAGGCCCAGGCCAACCCACAAAGUAUAAAGGAAGACCUAUAGCCCCAGUUCCUGGAAAAGAAGGAAUAUGGAUCAUAAGGGUAUUUACACCAACAGGAACAAUGGACUAUGAAGGGAAACCCGUGGCUCCACUCCCAGAUUCCGAUGACUGGAUCAUAGAAACAGAGGAAUCAUCUAUACCGGUUCUGUAUGAAGAGAAACCUGAGGCUCCAGCUACUAUAGAAUGGAUCAUUCAGACUGCACAUCAAGGUCAACCAUCUAGGUUUAAAGGAAAACCACUUGCUCCUGCUCCCGGAAAAACAGGAAUAUGGAUAAUUAGUGUGAGAUUCCCAACAGGAACCAAAAAAUAUUUAGGAAAACCGAUAUCACCAUUAACAGGUCCAGAGGGAGACUGGCUAGUAGAAACAGAGGAGUCAACUAUGCCACUGCCAUAUGUGGAGACACCUGAAGCUCCUAUCUCUACAGACUGGAUAAUAGAAAUAGGAAGCCCCGGCCAGCCAACGAAAUUCAAAGGAACACCUGUAGCACCAACUCCUGAUCGAAAAGGAACAUGGAUUGUAGAGGUUAAACUACCAACAGGAACAGUGCGAUACAGGGGGGUACCUAAAGCGCCAUUGCCGGAUGGAGACUGGCUGAUAGAAACAGAGGAACCAUCAAUCCCAGUGCCAUAUGAAGAAAAACCCGGCGCUCCAGUGUCUACAGACUGGAUAAGGCAAAUAGCAAGCCCAGGCUCCCCGACAAGAUUUAUAGCAAAACCUGUUGCACCAAUCCCCGGAGGGAAAGGAAAAUGGAUCUUGGAAGUGAGACUGCCAACGGGAACUGUGCUGUAUGAAGGAAGACCUGUAUCCCCAUCACCUGACAAAGAAGGAGAAUGGCUAGCAGAAACAGAGCCAUCAACCCUGCCGGUGCCGUAUGAAGAGAAGCCAGGAGAGCCAUUCCCUACAGGAGAAUGGCUGAUUGAACUGGGAAGCCCAGGGAAACCAACAAAAUACAAAGGAAAACCAGUUGCUCCACUUCCUACAAAGAAAGGAUAUUGGCUCAUAAAAGUGACCACAGGAACAGGAAUCGAGUAUUAUGAAGGAAAACCAAUUGCCGCAAUGCCAGGGACAGAUGGUGACUGGAUUAUUGAAACAGAAGAACCAACUGUCCCCAUACCCUAUGAAGAAAAACCUGGAUCUGAAGUUCCCAAAGAUUGGAUCAUAGAAAUCGGUGCCCCAGGUCAACCAACAAAAUACAAAGGGAGACCCAUAGCGCCCCAUCCUGACAAGAAAGAUGCAUGGAUUAUAAAUGUGGCGGUGCCGACAGGAACAAUGCAGUUCGAAGGGAGACCUGUAUCUCCAUUCCCAGGUUCAGAUGAUGAGUGGAUCAUAGAAACCUUGGAGCCAACUGUACCAAUACCAUAUGAAGAGAAACCCGGAGCAGUCGUUUUCACAGACUUCAUCCUACAAAUGGGACAUCCAGGCCAACCAACCCGCUUUAAAGGGAAACCUUUUGCUCCGGUUAUUGGAAAGAAAGGAAUAUGGAUUAUAAGUGUGUCAUUCCCAACAGGAACCAGAUUGUUUGAAGGAAGACCUAUAGCGCCACUGACAGACCCAGAAGGAAACUGGGUAGUGGAAACAGAAGGGCCAACAACACCUGUGCCAUUUGAAGAAAAACCUGACUCUCCAGUGGCUACAGACUGGAUUAUACAAAUAGGGGGCCCAGGCCAGCCAUCAAGGUACAAAGGAAGACCUGUUGCUCCCAUUCCUAACAGAAAAGGUGUUUGGGUCGUAGAAGUGAAGCUGCCGACGGGAAAUGUACUGUAUGAAGGGAAACCUGUGGCUCCAAUGCCAUCGACAGAAGGAGAAUGGACCAUAGAAACAGAUCAGCCGUCUCUGCCGGUGCAAUAUGAGGAGAAACCCGGAGAACCUGUUCCUAAAGGAACAUGGAUAGUGGAACUGGCGCGUCCGGGGCAACCAACGAAAUUUACAGGGAGACCCGUAGCUCCAAUCCCCAACAAAAAAGGACUAUGGAUCAUAAAAGUUUCACAACCAACAGGAGUAGAAGAAUAUGAAGGGAGACCUAUAUCAGAAAUGCCAGGGACCGGCGGAGACUGGAUCGUAGAAACAGACCAGCCAACUGCACCUGUUCCAUAUGAAGAAGAACCUGGAGCUCCAUCUCCCACAGGAGACUGGAUCAUUGAAUUUACCCAUGACGGACAACCAUCUACAUUCAAAGCGAAACCCAUCGGUCCAAUUCCAGGGAAAAAAGGUUAUUGGGUUGUAAGAGUGACUCUGCCAACUGGAACAGUGGAUUAUGAAGGGAUACCAAGAGCUCCAAUUCCUGGUACCGAUGGUGACUGGAUCAUUGAAACAGGGAAGACGACUGUUCCUGUACCAUAUGAAGGAGAGCCUGGAGUUACAAUUCCUACAGACUGGAUCAUACAGCUAGCCAGUCCAGGACAACCAACAAAAUUUAAAGCGACUCCUAUUGCUCCAAUUCCUGGAAGGAAAGUUUGGGUUUGUCACGUGAAGCUGCCAACAGAAACACUGGAAUUUGAAGGGAAGCCUAUAGCUCCUUUGCCAGAAACAGAUGGAGAAUGGUUGACUGAAACUGAACAGCCAACUGCGCCGGUGCCGUAUGAACCAAAACCUGGAGAACCAGUCCCUAAAGGAGAAUGGAUCGUAGAAAAAGCACGUCCCAAUCAACCAACCAAAUAUAAAGGAAAGCCUGUAGCUCCAAUUUUUGGACGAAAAGGCAUUUGGAUUAUAAAAGUGACACAGCCAACAGGGAUUGAGUUAUAUGAAGGAAAACCUUUGUCUAGAAUUCCAGGACCUGAAGGUGAAUGGAUAAUAGAAACUGAGCAGCCAACUAUGCCAGUUCCAUAUGAAGAGAAACCUGGAGUCACAACACCUUCAGAAGAUUGGAUCUUAGAGGAAACACAUGAUGAUAAACCAACUAAAUAUAAAGGCAGACCUCUCGCUCCUAUUUAUGGGAAAAAAGGAUUGUGGUUGAUUAGAGUGACUUUGCCAACAGGAACAAUUGAAUUUGAAGGAAAACCUGUGUCUCCUCUUCCAGGGACAGAUGACUGGAUUAUAGAAACAGAUCAGCCAACUUUACCAGUGCCAUAUGAAAGGGAACCAGGCGUUCAAAUUUACACAGACUGGAUAAUAGAAAUAGCACAACCGGGUAAACCAACCAAAUUUAAAGGAAGACCUAUAGCUCAAGUUCCUGGGAAAAAAGGAAUAUGGAUCAUAGAAGUUAAAACACCGCUUGGAAUCUUCCAGUUUGAAGGGAAGCCUUUAGCUCCACUUCCGGGAAUAGAAGGAGAAUGGACAGUAGAAACAGACCAGCCAACUGUUCCUGUUCCAUAUGAAGGAAAACCUGAAGAACCACUUUUUAAAGACUGGAUUGUAGAAUUGGCAAGUCCGGAUAAACCAACCAAAUUUAAAGGGAAACCUUUUGCUCCUAUUCCUGGUAGUAAAGACAAAUGGCUCAUCAAAGUGACCACUCCAACGGGAAUUGAAGACUAUGAAGGGAAACCUAUUGCUCCAGUAACAGGAUCUCCUGAUUGGAUUAUAGAAACGGAGCAGCCAUCUGUUCCAGUGCCAUAUGUACAAAAACCUGAAGCUCCAGUUCCCACAGGAGACUGGAUUACUGAAAUUACACAUGAAGAUAAACCUACCAGGUUCAAAGGACGGCCUACCACCCCUAUUCCUGGAAAGAAAGGCAUAUGGAUCAUUGAAGUAAACCUGCCAACAGGAAAAGUUUACUAUCAAGGGAUACCCAUCUCUCCAAUUGCACAGACAGAUGAAUGGGUGGUAGAGACAGAGAAACCAACCUUACCAAUGCCAUAUGAAGGAGAGCCAGGUGUUCCAGUUACAGCAGAUUGGAUAAUUGAGCUGGCGAGUCCGGGCAAACCCUCAAGAUUCAAAGGAAAACCUAUCACUCCAAUAUCUGGAAAAAAGCGAACUUGGAUCAUAAGAGUGACACUGCCAACAGGAGUAAUAGAAUACGAAGGCAUACCGGAAUCUCCAAUUCCAGGAACAGACGAUUGGAUGAUAAGAACAGAAGAGCCAACAGCACCAGUGCUUUAUGAAGCCAAACCCGAUCAACCUGCUCCUAAAGAAGACUGGAUCAUAGAAUUGGGAGGUCCAGACACUCCAACUAAAUAUAAAGGAAGACCUUCAGCUCCAAUUCCACAACGGAAAGAUGUGUGGGUCAUAAAAGUCACGCGGCCAACUGGAGUAGAGGAAUAUGAGGGGAUACCUGUAUCGGAAAUUCCAGGAGGUGCCGGGGAAUGGAUCAUAAAAACAGAGAAGCCAACGACACCGGUGCCCUAUGAGCAGCAACCUGGAGCCCCGACCCCAACAGCUGAAUGGAUAAUAGAAAUGACGCACGAUAACCAACCAACUAAAUUUAAAGCGAAACCUGUAGCUCCAUACCCAGGAAGAAAAGGAGUCUGGAUCUUAGAUGUGAAACUGCCAACAGGAGUAAUACAAUACUGCGGAAUACCGAAAGCUCCACUUGCAGACACAGAUGGGGAAUGGCUGAUAGAAACAGAAAAGCCAACUCUGCCUGUCCCAUAUGAACCAGAACCAGGAGUUCAACUUCAAACAGAUUGGAUCAUUGAAAUUGGACACCCAGGCCAACCAACAAAAUUCAAAGGAAGGCCAAAAGUUCCAAUUCCUGGGAGAAAAGGCAUAUGGAUAAUAGAUGUGGACACCCCAUUAGGAACAACGCAAUAUGAAGGGAGACCUGUAACUCAAGUUCCAGGAGUGGAUGGACUAUGGACCAUAGAGACAGAGCUGCCAACGAUGCCAGUGACAUAUGAAGAAAAACCAGGGGAGCCAACUCCAAAAGGAGAAUGGAUAAUAGUACUAGGACGCCCAGGUGAACCAUCCAAAUUCAAAGGAAUACCAUUUGCUCCAAUACCUGGAAGAAAAGGUAUAUGGCUCAUAAAAGUGCAGCUACCAACAGGAGUAGAAGAGUAUGAAGGAAAACCUAUUGGACCUGUUCCAGGUGGAAAUGGAGAAUGGAUCAUUGAAACAGAUCAGCCAACUGCACCAGUACCCUAUGAACAGAAACCCGAAGCUCCGGUUCCUUCAGGAGAUUGGAUCAUAGAAAAGACAAAUGGUGACAAACCAACCACAUUUAAAGGGAAACCUCAAUCUCCAAUACCUGGAAGAAAAGGAAUUUGGACCAUCGAAGUAAAAACACCCUCAGGAAAUGUACUGUAUGAAGGAAGACCUAAAGCCCCACUGCCAGAAUCAGAUGGUCAAUGGGUAAUAGAAACCGAACAACCAACUUUACCAGUUCCAUACGAAGCCGAACCAGGAGUUCAAAUUACUACGGACUGGAUCAUAAGUAUCGGAGGUCCAGGCCAACCAACCAGAUACAGAGGAAGACCCAAAUACCCAAUUCCUGGAAGAAGAGGGUACUGGAUUAUAGAAGUCAGAACUCCUACAGGAACAACUGAAUAUGAAGGAAAACCUGUAUCUCCAUUCCCAGGAAUAGACGGAGAAUGGACAAUAGAGACAGACGAGGGAACUAUGCCAGAGCCACAUGAAGCCAAACCGGGAGAGCCUAAAGUACAAUGGAUCAUUGAAUUUGCAAGUCCAGGAAAACCAACAACAUUCAAAGGAAAACCAACAGCACCGGUCCCUGGGAAAAAGGGAAUAUGGAUCAUAAGACUGAUUACACCCAAUGGAACAGAAGAAUAUGAAGGAAUUCCCACUUCUCCAGUGCCUGGGACAGACGGUGACUGGGUUGUACAAACAGAAGGAUCAACUGCACCAAUACCAUAUCAACCAGAACCUGACGCUCCAACUCCUACAGGAGACUGGAUCAUUGAAUUUGCUCACGAUGAUAAACCAACUAAAUACAAAGGGAGACCCGUUGCACCGAUCCCUGGAAGAAAAGGUUUUUGGAUAAUACGUGUGACCACACCCACAGGAGAAGAUGAAUAUGAAGGCAAACCCGUAGCUCCACUUCCAGGGACAGAUGGAUACUGGGUGAUAGAAACAGAAAAGCCGACAUUACCAGUGCCAUAUCAGCGAGAGCCUGGAGUUCCAGUUACUAUAGACUGGAUCUUAGAAAUAGGAAGUCCGGGACAUCCAACAACAUUCAAAGGAAAACCAUUAGCUCCAGUUCCUGGGAAAAAAGGAUAUUGGAUCAUAGAAGUGAAAUUCCCAACAGGAACCAAGCGAUAUAUUGGAAAGCCUACAGCACCAAUUCCAGGCACGGAUGGAGACUGGACUAUAGAGACAACCCAAGGAACAAUGCCAGAGGAAUAUGAAGAAGAACCUGGAGUUCCAACUCCUACAGGAGACUGGAUAAUUGAAAGAGGAGAUCCGAAUAAACCAACUAAGUUUAAAGGAAAACCUCAGGCACCAAUUCCUGGGAAAAAAGGAAUUUGGAUCAUAAGAGUGACACUGCCUACAGGAGUUGAGGAGUAUGAAGGGAGACCUAUUGGUCAAAUUCCAGGAACAGAUGACUGGAUCGUAGAAACAGAGAGUCCAACUAUGCCGGUGCCAUAUGAAGAAAAACCAGGAGAACCUACCAUUACAGCAAACUGGAUUAUUGAAGUUUCCCAUCAAGAUCAACCAACCAGAUUUAAAGGGAGACCAAAGGCUCCACAUCCAAAUAGAAAAGGCGUAUGGAUUAUAACUGUGACACUGCCAACAGGAACCAUUGAAUAUCUAGGAAUACCAAAAGCGCCAGUUCCAGGAACAGAUGAAUGGAUAAUAGAAACAGAAAAGCCAACAUUACCAGAGCUGUAUGAACCAGAACCUGGAACACCUACACCUACAGGAGAUUGGAUCAUACAGUUGGGAAGCUCUGGUCAACCAACAACAUUUAAAGGGAGACCUAAAGUUCCUAUUCCUGGAAAAAGAGGAAAAUGGAUUGUAGAUGUUACAACACCAUCAGGAAAAUUGGAAUUUGAAGGAAAACCUAAAGCUCCAAUUACAGGAACAGAUGGAGAUUGGACUGUUGAAUCAGAGCCAUCAUCUAUGCCUGUCCCCUAUGUAGAGACACCCGAAAAUCCACUUCCAAAAGGAGAAUGGAUCACUGAAUUAGCAACUCCAGAUCACCCAACUAAAUUUAUUGGAAAACCUGUGGCUCCACUUCCUGGAAAAAAAGACGUAUGGCUUAUAAGAGUGACUCAGCCUACUGGAACAGAGGAGUAUGAAGGAAAACCAACAGAGCCAAUUGCAGGGACAGAAGGUGACUGGGCCAUAGAAACAGAGCAGCUAACUGUGCCAGUGCCAUACGACCCGAAACCCGGAGAACCAGUUCCUACAGGAGACUGGAUCAUAGAAUUAGCACAUGAUGAUCAGCCGACUAAAUACAAAGGACGUCCGAAGGCUCCAAUUCCUGGCAAGCGAGAAAUAUGGCUGAUACAUGUGAAGACACCAUCAGGAAUAUUAGAAUUUGAAGGACGACCCACGGCUCCAAUUGCAGGAACAGAUGGAGAAUGGACGGUAGAAACAGAUCGGCCGACCCUACCAACCCCAUAUGAAAAAGAGCCUGGAGCUCCAUCUCCAUCAGGAGACUGGAUUAUAGAGUUUGCUCAGCCAGGGCAAAAAACGAAAUUUAGAGCGAGACCUGUUGUUCCUCUUUUUGGAAGAAAAGGAUUAUGGAUCAUGGAAGUCAAACUUCCAUCAGAGACAAGAAACUAUGAAGGGAGACCCAUAUCUCCAACGGAUAUUGACGGAGAAUGGAUCACUGAAACAGAACAGACAUCUGUACCAGACGAAUAUGAAGGAAAACCAGGAGAGCCAUUGCCUACAGCUGAAUGGAUCCUGCAAAUAGCAAAACCUGGGCAGCCAACACAAUUCAAAGGAAAACCUAUAGCACCAAUUCAUGGACGAAAAGGAGUAUAUAUCGUGAGAGUAGCAGCACCAUUAGGAACUGAGGACUAUUAUGGAAUACCUAAAGCCCCACUUCCUGGAACAGAAGGAGAAUGGCUCAUAGAAACCGAGCAGCCAACGGUACCGGUGCCAUAUGAGCCAGAACCAGGAGCUCCCACCCCUACAGGAGAUUUCAUCAUUGAAAUGGCACAGCCUGAUAAACCAACUAAAUACAAAGGGAGACCGGUAGCUCCGAUUCCAAACAGGAAAGGAAUAUGGAUUAUUUCUGUGUCAACACCAACAGGAAAAGUGAAUUAUGAAGGGAGACCCAUAUCUUUACUUCCAGACACAGACGGAGACUGGAUAGUAGAAACAGAGAAACCAACACUGCCAGUGGAGUAUGAACCGGAACCUGGAGCUUCAACUCCUACAGGAGACUUUAUCAUAGAAGUAAGCCGUAAUGGACAACCAUCCAAAUUCAAAGGGAAACCUUCUGCAUCAAUUCCGGGAUCAAAUGGAUUAUGGAUCAUACAUGUGAGAUUCCCAACUGGAACAGUACAAUAUGUAGGACGACCUAAAGCUCCACUUCCAGGGCCAGAAGGAGACUGGAUUAUAGAAACAGAAGGACCAACUUUGCCACUUCCAUAUGAAGAGAAACCAGAAGCUCCAGUUCCCCAAGCAGGAUGGAUUCUAGAACUAGCAUCCCUAGAUAAGACAACUAAAUUCAAAGGGAAACCUUUGGCUCCAGUUCCAGGAAAAAAAGGAAUUUGGAUCAUACAAGUCCAACAACCAACCGGAAUAGAGGAAUACGAAGGCAGACCUCAAGCUCCAAUUCCAGGGACCGACGGUCUCUGGACUGUGGAAACAGAACAACCAACAGUUCCUGUUCGAUAUGAGAGGAAACCUGACACGCCGGCACCUUCAGGAGAUUGGAUCCUUGAAUUUGCUCAUGAUGAUCAACCAACCAAAUUCAAAGGAACACCAACGGCUCCAAUUCCAGGAAGAAAAGUAUGGAUUAUUAAAGUGACGCUGCCAUCAGGAACAUAUGAGUAUGAAGGAUUGCCUGUAUCCCAGUUUCCAGGAGCGGAUGGAGACUGGAUUGUUGAAACAGAGCAGCCAACGCUACCAGUGCCAUAUGAAGACCAACCUGGAGUUCCAAGGCCUUCAGCUGACUGGAUCAUAGAAUUGGGACGCAAUGGUCAGCCAACCAAAUUCAAAGGGAAACCUGUAGUGCCAAUUCCUGGAAGUAUAGGAAAGUGGAUCAUAGAAGUGAGAACACCAACACAAAUAAUUCUAUAUGAAGGAAUACCGAUUGCACCAAUUCCAGAUUCAGAUGACUGGACCAUAGAAACAGAACGUCCCUCUGUACCAGUUUUAUAUCAAGGGAAACCUGGAGAACCAGUUCCUGAAGUAAAAUGGAUUAUACAACUGGGACGUCCAGGACAACCAACAAGGUUUAAAGGAAAACCAGUCAAUCCAAUCCCUGGAGCAAGAGGAAAGUGGUUGAUAAGAGUCAUAUUGCCAACUGGAGUAGAGGAAUAUGUAGGAAAACCUGUGUCUCCCAUUAUAGGGACAGACGAGUGGAUCGUUGAAACAGAGCAGCCGACUGUACCAGUGCCCUACAAACCCGAACCUGGUGCUCCAACUCCUACAGGAGACUUUAUCAUAGAAUUAACAACCGGUGAUAAACCCACUAAAUUCAAAGGAAAACCUGUAGCACCUGGAAAAACAAAAGGAACAUGGAUCAUAAGAGUCACUUGGCCAACAGGAGUUGAGUACUAUGAAGGACGACCCAUUUCUGCAAUCCCAGGAACAGAUGGAGACUGGAUAAUUGAAACAGAGCAGCCAACUUUACCAGUUCCAUAUGAGGAAGAACCUGGGGCUAAACUUCCAACAGACUGGAUCAUAGAAUUUGGACAGUCCGGUCAGCCAUCAAAGUUUAAAGGAAAACCUGUUGCUCCUAUUCCUGGCAGAAGAGGAAUAUGGAUUUUUGAUGUGAUAUUUCCAACAGGAGUUGUACAAUAUGAAGGGAGACCUAAACAACCACUUCCAGAUACAGAUGAUUGGAUCGUAGAAACAGAGCUGUCAACUUUGCCUGUGCCAUAUGAGCCAAAACCUGGAGAACCAGUUCCUAAAGGAGAAUGGAUCUUAGAGAAAGCGCAAACCAAUAAGCCAACGAAAUUCAGCGGGAAACCUGUAGCACCAAUACCCGGAAGAGAUGGAAUUUGGAUCAUAAAAUUAACUCUGCCAACAGGAGUAGAAUAUUAUGAAGGAAGGCCUCUGACCUUAAUUCCAGAAACCGAUGGAGACUGGAUUGUAGAAACGGAGCAGCCAACUCUACCAGUGCCAUAUGAUGUUGCACCAGGAGUACAGAUGCCUACAGGAGACUGGAUCAUAGAGAUGACGAAAGGCAGUAAACCAACUAAAUUUAAAGGAAUACCUGUUGCUCCAAUUUCUGGAAGAAAAGGAAUAUGGGUCAUCAAAGUGACUCUGCCAAUAGGAGUGUUGGUGUUUGAAGGGAAACUUAUAUCUCCAGUGGCAGGCCCAGAAGGAGAAUGGAUCAUAGAAACUGAGCAGCCAACAUUACCGGUGCUAUAUGUAGGGGGACCUUAUGAUGUGACCUCCCUUGGUAAAGAGUUUAUCACUGCCUUCCUGCAGAAUCACAAUCCCAAAGAGGUUCCACAGCUAGAACUUUUCCUUACUGGCACAACUCCCGACACCACAGUCACCGUCACCGUCAGCCAGUCUAAUUUCCAGAAAACACUGAAGGUCGGAAAAGAUGAAACUAUAUCAGUUCCUAUUACGGAACCCGUGGAGAUGCAAGGGACUGGAAGAUCCCCACGUUCUGUAGUCAUUAAGUCAGAUUCUGAGAUUACCAUUGUUUCCAGUAACUAUAAAUACGCCAGUGGAGAUACAGCUUUGCUUUACCCAGUACAAAGGUUGGGAAGAGAAUAUUAUGUAUUUACCCCUCCAUUCGGUCCUGGUUCAGCCUUUAAGGAGUUUGCUGUGGUGGCUUAUGACAAAGCCACAACUGUUGAUGUUGACGUUACCGGAGCUAUUAAUUUUGAUGGAAAGGACUAUCCAAAAGGUAGUAGAUUGACACUAUCCCUUGAACCUUUCCAAGCUGUGCAGUUCCAGAGUCCUGAUGAUCUCACAGGGACCAAGGUGGUCUCUCAGUAUCCUGUAGUUGUCCUGAGCGGGCACACAUGCUCCAAGAAAUAUGGAGAUUGUGACCAUGUAUAUGAGCAGCUCUUACCCGUCCCCAGCUGGGGAAGUGCAUUCUUCAUACCGCCCUUGUCUUUCCAAACAAAAGCUGAUUUUGUAUUUGUCGUGACUUCUGAAGACACCACAAUUAAUUACCAAAGUGGGAAGGAAACGGGAAAGAAAAAUGUAAAAGCCGGUGAAUCAACUCAGUUUGAAAUUACACAAACAUCACCUUUGUCUUUAGACGCCAGUAGAAAUAUUCAAGUCUUCCUUUACGGCGCUGGUGGGACAUCCAAAGGCCAACUAUUUGGUACCUUCCUUACCAGUAUAGCUGCCAUUACAUCAUUUGGAUCAGCUUAUCAAAUCAUUGGCCAGGAGAGGUAUGAAACCAACUUUGCUGUAUUUAUAGUCAAAACAUCCGAUAGAGCACAACUACGUUUUGACAGGAAGCCACUGCAAGGCUUGAAAUGGAAGGCAUUCCCUGGAUCGGAGUACUCUUGGGCAGAGUAUGACUAUGGCCGCAAGUUUGCUUCUCAUUUGGUUGAGCAUUCUUCAUCUUCAUUUGGAUUGUUGAGCAUUGGCUACUCCCCAAGUACAAGCUAUGCAUCUCUAGCUCCAAUUAUACGCGGGCCUGCAGUUCCACUUCCAAAAGCAAAAGAUGAAUGUAGUGAUGUGAUCUGCCGAAUUGAAGAGACUUGUAAGAUUAAGAAUGGACAAGGGAUCUGCGAGCCAAACUACGUGGGGACCUGCUGGGGCUGGGGUGAUCCUCACUACAGCACCUUUGAUGGCAAGAAAUUCGAUUUCCAGGGAACAUGUUCUUAUAUACUUACUCAGUAUGCUGGCAAUGACACUGGCCUGCAGCCCUUCAGUAUUAUGGAGAAGAACGAAAACAGAGGAAACAAAGUGGUGUCAUAUGUGAGGCACGUCACCAUAGAGGUGUAUGGUCAUAAGAUCACUAUGAAGAAAGGAGAAAGUCCAAAAGUCAGAGUUGAUGGCGUACUGCAAAACUUACCGGUAACACUGGAAGGCGGAAAGAUAAAAAUAAUUAGGAGUGGUAAAACCGCACUUCUUAUUACGGACUUUGACCUUAGAGCUUCAUAUGAUUGGAACUGGCAUGUCAUAGUUAAGCUGCCGAGUAGCUACCAUGGUUUGACCACAGGACUUUGUGGAAACUUAAACAAAGAUCCAGCUGAUGACAUGUUCAUAGAAGGGAAUGUCCCAGCCGCUUCCAUCACAGAGUGGGCCAAGAGCUACAGAUUAAAUGAUCAAGACCCAUUCUGCAGUGAUGCUUGCGUCGGCCAAUGUCCCUCUUGCGAUGAAAGUCUGAAGAACCAAUAUAGAGGGGAGAAAUCCUGCGGCAUGAUCACCGACAGCAAUGGACCCUUCAAAGAAUGCCAGUCCACAAUAGAUUCGGAAAAUUUCUACAGCAGCUGUAUCUACGACGUGUGCAUGAACGGGGGAGCAAAGGUCUUCCUGUGCCAAGCUCUUAAUGCUUACGCCACUGAAUGCAGGAAAGAAAACAUAAAUGUAGCAAAUUGGAGAACUGCAGCUGGAUGUCCCCUGGAUUGCCCAGCCAACAGUCACUAUGAGGCUUGUGCCACUGCAUGUCCGGCCAGUUGUGCUGACAGAACAGCCCCAGACACGUGUAAAGAACCUUGUGUAGAAUCCUGCCAGUGCAACGACGGUUUCAUCCUCAGUUCAGACCAGUGUGUUCCAAGCACAAGCUGCGGCUGUAACUAUAAGGGUCUGUACUACCAAGCUAAUGAGGAGUAUUGGGCUGACGACACUUGCAGUUCCUAUUGUAGAUGUGACCCACAGUCUGGGCAAGUGGUUUGCCAGGAGAGGAGAUGUAAAGCCAGUGAGGUGUGCAAAGUAGUCAGUGGUAAACGGGGCUGUCAUCCAUCUGGUUUUUCAACUUGUAUAGCCUCUGGAGACCCUCACUACACAACCUUUGAUGGAAGAAAGUUUGACUACAUGGGCACGUGCGUAUACCAGAUGGCCAAAGUUACUUCCGCUGAUUCAUCAUUAACCCCCUUUAGCGUCACUGUUCAGAAUAACAAUCGCGGAAAGAAAUCCGUAUCUUAUACUAAAGUUGUGACAUUUGAAGUCUACGGCCAGAGGAUAGUUGUCGACAAAGAUAGACCUCGAGUAAUUCAGGUCAAUGGUGUUCAGACGCAGCUUCCCUACUACUACGAAAAUAAUAAAAUAGUUGCAUAUAUCAAGGGUAUCCAUGCGUUCAUCAAGACGGAUUUCGAGGUUACUGUGACCUUUGACUGGAACAGUUAUGCCAGAGUGAUUGUUCCCCAGAAUUACGCCAAUGCAGUCAGUGGUCUGUGUGGCAACGGCAACAAGGACCCAAGCGAUGAUUUCAUAAUGGGCAACGGUGCCAAAGCCAAAAGUGAAAAAGAAUUUGGGGACAGCUGGAAGGUGGCUGACGUUCCUGGAUGUGACAAGGGCUGUGAGCCCAACUGUCCAAAGUGUAAAGAGGAAAAUAAGGGCAAAUACAAGAGUGACCAGUAUUGCGGCAUCAUUACAAAAGCUGAUGGACCUUUUAAGAACUGCCACGCAACAGUCAAUCCAACAUCAUACUUCGACGACUGUGUGUUUGAUACUUGUUAUUUUGAAGGACAGUCGGUCGCCCUGACAAGUGCCGUUUCCAACUACGUCUCCGCUUGCCAGGCUGAAGGAAUCAUGGUUCUUGAAUGGAGAGCAGGUUUCUUCCACCAACUUUCUUGUCCUCCAAACAGCCAUUAUGAUAUUUGCGGAACGGGUUGUGCCCCAACGUGCCAUGGCCUUUCUUCUCCCCAAAACUGUAAGGCUUCCUGUUCAGAAGGCUGCUACUGCGACAGUGGGUUUAUUCUUAGCGGAGGGGACUGUGUCCCAAUUACCGAGUGCGGCUCUUACUAUAAGGGAAAAUACUACAAAAAAGGAGAGAAGUUCUACACCGAUGACACAUGCACGGAAUAUUGCCACGUCCGUAACAAUGGAGAUGUUUCCUGCCAGCUCCUUCCCUGUGCAGCAACGGACACGUGUGUUCCUCUGGACGGAAUCCGAACCUGCCGGUCGAAUGGGUGUGGAAAAUGCACAAUUGCGGGGGCUAACAUCAAAACCUUCGAUGGACUGAACUAUGACUUCCAAGGAACAUGCGCUUACACAUUGGCUCAGGCUAAUCCCAGCGACGCACGUCUUGUACCUUUCUCGAUUACAGUGGAAAACGAGUUCCUCGAUCAAAGCAAACUAGUUGUACAAAAAUCUGUAACGCUGUCCAUCUACGGUUACGAUAUCACCAUUGUAAGGGGAGAAAAAUAUACUGUGCUUAUGAACGGAGAAGUCAAGCAACUCCCUGUGUUCUGUCCAUGUGGGAAGGGCUUCGUAAACAAAGAAGGCCACUAUAUAGUCAUCCAGACAGAAGCCGAGGUGAAAGUCCUCUACGACGCCGCCCACAGAACAAUUGUUCAGAUUCCCGGAAGCUAUGAGAAUAACCUGCAAGCGCUUUGUGGAAACUUUAACAAUGAAAUUACAGAUGAGUUCAUGCUUCCUAAUGGAACCAUCGUCACCGACGUGAAUGUCUUUGGAGCUUCAUGGAAAGCCCCAAGUGAUGACCCUGCAUGCCAGGAUGGAUGCGGGGACAACUGUCCAGCACUGGAUGCUAUGAAAGUUGCUGCGUACAGUCAAGAAACAAGGUGUGGAUUGAUGAAGGCUCCAAAUGGACCAUUUAAAGGCUGCUUCUCAAGAAUUAACCCUAAGCAUUACUUUAAGAGCUGCGUGAAGGAUUUGAGCAUCUUGGAGGACGACAGCGUCCUGUGUAUGCACCUUCACGGCUUUGUGGCUGCGUGUCAGGCUGCAGGGGCGGAGAUUAAACCCUGGAGAUCGGAUAAAUUCUGUCCUCUCGAGUGCAAGAACAAGAGCAGUUAUGACUUAUGUACCAGGACUUGUGACCAGAACUGCGCUUCCCUGACCACUCCCUACAGCUGCACCCAAAGGUGUUUUGAAGGCUGUAAAUGUGCCGAAGGGCAGUUCUUUAAUGGAGACGAAUGUGUCCCGAUGGAGAAGUGCGGCUGUGUAAACGAAGGAACGUACUUCAAGGUUGGGGAGUCAAUAAUAACACAAAACUGCAGAAAUAAAUGUUCCUGUGGGGACGGAGGAACCGUUUCCUGUGAUGCCAUUUCCUGUGAAGGUGAACAGACCUGUUCUGUAAAAAACAGACAGCGGGGAUGCUUUGCCGGGAGAAGUAGGUGGAGCAUUACAAUGCAGUGAUGUCAUAAGGGAAUGGACAUCUGUGUCAAAUGGUAUCAAAUGAACCCAAAGUGACUCAAGAUGAAUCAGCAAAUGUAUUAAAUGUUCAGUGAUUAAUAGCGAGCCCCACAUUUCCCACCCCUAAAAUAAAUGUGUUGUCACUUAAAUGAAAUAAAUUGGUCAAUGAAA